CCACCCCAGACAAAAAAGAAUUCUUGGUUUUUCCAUUUCGUGACUCUCUCUUUCUCUCUCCAUAAUUUUAUGGUUUAGCAUCUUCCUUCUAUGGAUAUGGUCUGAACCUCUGUGUCUCUCUUCUUCUCCAAACCAAAUCCAACCGUUUGAUUCAAUACCCUUUUUCUCUCAGUACGUUCAUGGCAGAAAUCAUCGAAAAUGGACAAGAAAUUAGCAGGGAAGAGGUGCAAGCAGCCAUUGCCAAGGCAAUAGAACUCAGGGCCCUUCAUGCUGCUCUGAUGCAGGGCAGCAUCAACAGUCCGGCCAACUUCAGUUUUCCGGCCAGUUCUCCCGCCGCCGCCCCAUAUCUUGCUCCCCAAUUCUCUGCCCAUGACUACCCUGUUUUCACACCAAGCUAUGAAGAUGAUGAACAGCUUCAAUUCGAGAACAACAGGGCUAUUUCAGAAAGCUGGAACGUUAAUGGUGAGGAAAACAGCAUCAAUUCGUAUUCCAAGAUGUUUGAUUCACCUUCAAACAAAAGAUUACUUCCACACGUUUGCCCCUCCUCCGCCGCCGCUGACGAUCAGAAAUCCGUCGCCAAUUCUUGUUCGACUAAUCUCCACCGCCGCAUAUCUUCCUGCCAUAGCCAUGAUUUCUGCAACCAUCACCCUACAAGAAGGAACAGUUUGGGAGAAGUAAUAAGACCCGCAACUUAUUCUUCUUCAUCUUGCAACAAAUGCAAUCCGGCCACCAUUUCAAUCCAGAAUUCUAAAUCCGUUGGGCCAAUGACGGAUUCACACUUGUCUGUCAAAACCCGUCAAAAGAACAGAGGGCUCAUGAAUCUAUCGUGGCUGUUCCUGAAGAAGAAGAAUAAGAAAGAUUGCGCCUCCCCAAACAGGACAACGGAAUCGAACAUCCCUUCAGUUGAGGAAUUGAUGAACGAACUUCAAGAAGCCAAAGAAAAUCGAGACGCCGCCGUAAAAGAAGUUUCUGGAAUGAAAACUUCAAUCAGGGAGCUGAAACUGAAACUGGAAUACUUGGAAACAUACUGUGAGGAGCUGAAGAAAGCUCUAAGACAAGCAGUUGAAACCAAGGAAUUAUCAAUAGAUGGGAAAUUGGAGAAUCCUUCGAUGAUGCCGGUUAGCGACGAAGUUAUGGUGGAGGGUUUUUUACAGAUCGUGUCGGAAACAAGAUCAUCGGUUAAGCAAUUCUGCAAAACGCUUAUAACCCAAAUCGACGAAACAGAUGGAAAUUUAAUGAACAAUCUGAACAACAAUCUUCUACAACCAUACAAACUAAGUUUAACUUCAAAGUAUUCAAAGGGUUUUCUUUACCAUUUGGAAUGCAUGAUAAACGAGGCUCUUUACGAAGAUUUCGAGAACUGCAUGUUUCAAAAGAACGGGUGCCGAAACAUCUUAAACCCAGAACAACACCGUCAAGCCCAAUUCUCAUCUUUUGUGGCUCUAAGAAAUCUGAGCUGGAACGAGGUUUUGAGGAAAGGGACAAAGUUUUAUAGCGAGGAAUUCAGCAGAUUCUGUGACCAGAAGAUGGUUGGUAUCAUAGCCGGAUUGAGUUGGAGCAGGCCGUGGCCGGAGCAGUUGUUGCAGUCGUUCUUCGUGGCGGCGAAAUGCGUUUGGUUGCUGCAUUUGCUUGCGUUUUCGUUUGGACCGCCUGUUGGGAUUUUGAGGGUUGAAGAGAAUAAGGUUUUUGAUGGGAAUUACAUGGAGGAUGUGUUUGUUGACAAGAAGAGAUUGAAUGGGGCGGGUCGGGUUAAGGUGAUGGUUAUGCCUGGGUUUUAUGUGCAAGAUAGGGUUCUUAGGUGUAAGGUUAUUUGUAGGUAUAAAUCCUUAACCUAAUCAAAUCAUCCAACGUUUUAAUUUUUAUUAAUUAAUUAAUUAUGUUUUUCUUUUAUUGACAAAGGAGUUUAGUGAUGAUACAAAUUAUAAUUUCUAUAUGUUAUUUUCAAUAAGAAUUGUCUGUGACAUUUUUUUUUAUAGUAAUUGAUAUAAUA